AUGGUGAAAUACGUGUUGGGUCUUGGAGCCCUCCUUCUUCUCUUCGCUUCCUAUAUUUUAUAUCCUGUAUUUCUUCAUCCGGACUUACCUCUUCAAUUAUUCUUCAAGAGUCUUGUCUUUAAACUUUCUGUACGAUUUUCUGAUAUUAUCAAAUUCAGACACGAGUUAUAUAAAGUCAGAAACACCACAAUGGAAUCUCCUCUCCUCAUCAAAACAACCUUUCAAAUUCACUAUAUCACUCUAUCAUCGGAAUUGUACUUACCCGAGAAGGACAAUCCCUCCCAUGAAUCUCACUAUUCUCUCCGAGUCUAUCAACCCAAACAAUACAAAUCAGGUGGAUAUCCUGUCCUCAUGUACACUCACGGAGGUGGUUGGGUUUUAAAUCAUUUGGAUGUUUACGACUUGUUUUGUAGAAAGAUGGCUGAGAGAGGCUUUGUAGUGGUGAGUGUGGGUUAUCGGAAAGCACCCGAACAUGUAUUUCCAGCAUGUUUGAAUGAUGUCUUGAAUGCAUUGACUUGGAUUGGAAAGAACUUGAAAUCUGAGAUCAUUCCGCAACAACAACAAUCCUCAUCAUCAUCAUCAUCUCAUCAAUCAUUGGAAAACAAAUUCAAUGCCAAUGUGAAUCAACUCACCAUUUCUGGUGACAGUGCUGGAGCUCACUUGUCCAUUCAUGCCUUAGUGAGAAUCUUCAUGUCGGAUCCAGAGAUUGUGAAACGAGAACAAAUUCCAAAAGUUUCGUAUCAAGCUCUGUUUUAUCCUGCCGCUCACUUUUAUAUGGCCAACAAGACACGAUUUGAGUCGUAUAAAUUAUUUGCUUCUCAUGGCUAUAUUUUGGAUGAUCCUGUAUUGGAAAAGUUUUGGAGAUAUUUGGUUGGAAAUGAUGUAUCGAUUGAGGAGGCAGCUUUGAAUCCUUACUUGUCAAUAUUGAGCGCCAUGGAUCCUCGAUUGGUAGAAUCUAAAUCACUCUAUGCAAAAUUCCCAAGUGGAUUUGUCAUUUCAGCAGAGUAUGACAUUCUGAGAGAUGAGGCUGCAGAGUUUGCAAAGGCGGUGACGGAGGCCUCUAAUGGUACCUCUGUUUUGAAACAUUUGAGAACGCCCAAGGUCACUCACGGAUUUGCUCAAUUUCCAAGUGAUGAAAUGGCCAACCACUUUGCUGCCCUUAUCAAGUCGUAUUUUGCAUCUGCAGCCACGACGACGACGACGACGACAGGAGGAGUUUCACAGCCUCAACAGCAAUACGAACAAAAAUAA